AUGUCGGUUUCCAAACUAAACACCGAAGAUAGCCUUCCCUACUUCAUCCGAGACGGCGCAGCCCAAUACCUCGUGGGCCACAAUGUUCUCAAAACCCUAAAGUCAACCCUCGACAAAGAACAGAACACCAAAGACUACAAGAAACUCAAACACUUCCUCAAAACCCCUGGCCUCCCAAUACCUGUCUUGAGAGACACCCAUGGCCCCUUGAAUCUACCACCGCCCCCAGACAAGGUCGCCCAACCCAAGCAGCCGAUCGCGGACUUGCCAAACGGGACACUGUUCCAUGUUUGCAUCGUGGGUGCAGGGAUCACGGGCCUGUUUUUGGCUAUGUUGCUGGAUGAAAUGCAUCCGGUUAUCACCUAUGAUAUCUUCGAGUCGAGCCCCAGAGUAGGCGGAAGGGUUUAUACACAUUGGUUUCCAAGGGACUCGGUUUCCCCUUGGGUCUGGGGUGAGUAUUAUGAUGUUGGCGCUAUGCGGUUUCCGGACAUUCCUAUAAUGGAUCGGGUGUUCAAAUUAUUCAGACAACUCGAUGUAACCGAAGACAGCGAGCUUCUUAUUCCUUUUUAUCCCCAAGGCUUGAACUGUCCUCGGAGAUACAAUGGUAUCACUUACGUUCCUCGAGAAGGGGGACCUAGGGAUCCGUUCAAGUUCAGUGUCUCGAACAAUGGCCUGGUUCCAGACGCAACCGUAAACGAGGGACCAAAAGCCAUCCUCGACGACGCAUUUGGUUAUUACAAAGACAGGCUGAAACGGAACUUCGAAAAGGGUUUCCAGACACUCAUGAGAGUCGAUCAAUUCUCUACGAGAGAUUACAUCCGUCAGGUCAUCGGCACCGGUCAGUAUGAUCGAGCCUUUACCGAAAGCGUUCUCGAUGACCUAACUUUCAACUUCUCCGACGAACGUCCCACCAACUGGUACUGCAUCAAAGGUGGCACAUCCAUCAUAACCAACAAAAUGGCCGAUCGAAUCCACCACAAACCAGCCCUCAAUACCCAUGUCACCAGCAUUGAGUACGAUCCUCACUCAACGUCUAAGACCAUGAAGGUGAAAGCCCUGGUGAAUGGCACUCCGGAGACAAAAACAUACGACGCGGUCUUCGCCACCACAACUCUACCCUGUAUGCAGCGCAUGGAGCUUAGUCGCGCAGGACUCAGUCGAGCUCAGGUCGAUGCGAUCCGCUGUCUUAAAUAUGAAGCUUCCGUGAAGAUUGCUAUCGAGUUCGAAACUCCGUGGUGGAUCACUCUGUGCAAUGUCACCCGUGGCGGAUACGCAGCCACCGACCUUCCUCUUCGGACCUGCAUCUACCCGUCCUAUGUGACGGAGGACACAAAGCUUGCUACUCUGCUUUGCUCAUAUACGUGGAACAAAGACGCACAGCGUAUGGGAUCACUCAUGAACGAUCCCAACAAACUCAAAGAAGUGCUGGUGCAUGACCUAGCCUUGCUGCACUAUCAAUCAGCCAAUCUUUCCUAUGAGGACAUGAAGAGCGAGAUAAUGAGGCAGUUCAAAGCCAUCCAUGCAUAUGACUGGUCUCAGGACCCAAAUACUUCUGGAGCAUUUGCCAUGUUCGGGCCUGGCCAGUUCGCUAAUUAUUAUCCCGAGUUGGUCAAGCCGGCUGCGGACGGGAGACUGUUCUUGGCUGGCGAGGCAUGUAGUGCGCAUCAUGGAUGGAUUGCAGGAUCGUUGGAUAGCGCAUAUAUGGCUCUGAGUCAGUUUCUUCGAGCGGUGAAAUGGGAUCGGUGGGUGAAUACAGAGAAGUUGUUGCAGAGGCUAGAGGAUAAUUGGGGGGUGUUGCGAGAAAUCCAGCCGGAUGCGUUGGAGUGGCAGGCUAUUCUAGUGAAAGCGAAACGGGACAGAAUUGGAUGA